AUGGAACACAGUGACAUAAUCUUAUCACCGACACUACUCGAGAAGACAGAACUCGACGCUGAGUGUGACUUAGACGAUCAUCCACAAAUACUUAAUUUCGGUAUUCUUAAAUCCUACAAUGACAUGCCUACUGGUACUCUACAUCCAGCAGAACAACAGCACUACUUUAUUCAUCUUAGCUUCCAAGAAUAUUUUGCAGCACGCCAUUUAAUUCGAACUCUCAACAGUCCAGAAAAACAAAAGGCAAUCAACUUUAUAAACAAACACAAAUAUAACCGACGUUAUCUAUAUGUCUUGAUCUUCGCGUCAGGUCUUCUCGCACAAUCCGAAAAUAAAUCCUGUAUGGAAGUGUUUUGGACAACGAUACAAGGACCGCCUUUAGAUCUUGUUGGAUUAACGCACAUUAAACUGAUCAUUGAAUGUCUUGAUGAAUUCGCCGGGCAAACUCAUUUUCCACAAAUCGCUGAUUUAAUGGAAUCUGUAAUAGAUUGGCUAGAUAUAUGCAUCAGUACAAAGUCCACUGCAAUCAUCGAAAGUCUACUACAAUCGUUCACACGCACCAUAUCGUUAUGCAAUAGCUCAACACUACAACAAAAACUAUUUCGACUACUUCAUACUGAAGAGCAAGAAGCAAAACGCACAGUAUACUUUAUAUUGUCUCAAAUACCAAUACACCACCCUAUGGAAAAACUAGUUUCUAAAUUGUGCACAGCAAUUCAGCAUGAAGAUUCAGCUGUCAGAUGCGGUGCGUGUAAAGCUCUAGGAGCGAUGGGUGAAACAACAUCAAUGCGUCACGUUAUCUCUUCUCUCAUCAAUGCACUUCUGGAUAAAGAUUUAAAAGUCAGAGAUGCUGCAUACAGAGCUCUAGAAGCGAUGGGUAAAAGAGCAGCAACGGAUGAGGUGAUCUCUGCUCUCAUCAAUGCACUUCUGGAUGAAGAUUGCGAUGUCAGAGAAUCUGCGUGCCGAGUCCUUGCAGUGAUAGGUGAAAAAGCAGCAACAAAUGAGGUGAUCUCUGCUCUACUCAUUGCACUUCGGGAUAAGGAUUGCAAUGUUAGACAAUCUGCGUGCCGAGCCCUUGCAACAAUGGGUGAAAAAGCAGCGACAAAUGAGGUGAUCUCUGCUCUACUCAAUGUACGUUGGGUUAAAGAUUGGCGCGUCAGAAAAUCUGCGUCUGAAGCUCUAGGAGCGAUGGGUGGAAAAGCAGCAACAAAUGAGGUGCUCUCUUCUCUCAUCAAUGCACUUCUGGAUAAAGAUUUAGAUGUCAGAAAAUAUGCGUGUAAUGUUUUAGAAGCGAUGGGUGAAAAAGCAGCAACAAAUGAGGUGAUCUCUGCUCUAAUCAAUGUACUUCGGAAUAAAGAUGCAGAUGUCAGAGAAUCUGCGCGUGAAGCUCUAGGAGCGAUGGGUGAAACAGCAGCAACAAAUGAGAUAAUCUCUUCUCUCAUUAGCGCACUUCGGGAUGAAAAUGUGGAUGUCAGAAAACAUGCGUGUAACGUUUUAGAAGCGAUGGGUGAAAAAGCAGCAACAAAUGAGGUGAUCUUUGCUGUCGGCAAUGCACUUCGGGAUGAACAUCCAGAUGUCAGACAAUCUGCGUGUCAAGUUCUUGGACUGAUGGGUGAGAAAGCAGCAACAAAUGAGGUGAUCUCUUCUCUCAUCAAUGUACUUUGGGAUAAAGUAUGGCGCGUCAGAAAAUCUGCGUCUGAAGCUCUAAGAGCGAUCGGUAAAAACGCAGCAACAAAUGAGGUGCUCUCUUCUCUCAUCAUUGCACUUCGAAAUAAAGAUGCAGAUGUCAGAGAAUCUGCGUGUGAAGUUCUAGCAGCGAUGGGUGAAAAAGCAGCAACAGAUGAGGUAAUCUCUGCUCUCGGCAAUGCACUUCGGGAUGAACAUCCAGAUGUCAGAGAAUAUGCGUGUGAAGUUCUAGCAGCGAUGGGUGAAAAAGCAGCAACAAAUGAGGUGAUCUCUUCUCUCAUCAAUGUACUUCAGGAUGAAUAUUUAGAUGUCAUUCAAUCUGCGUGUAACGCUCUAAAAGCGAUGGGUGAAAAAGCAGCAACAGAUGAGGUGAUCUCUGUUCUCAUCAAGGCACUUCGAUGUGAAGAAUCGCUUGUCAGACAAUCUGCGUGUGAAGUUCUUGGACUGAUGGGUAAAAAAGCAGCAACGAAGGAAGUGAUUUCUUCUCUCAUCAAUGUACUUCGGGAUGAAGAGGAAUAUGUCAGCGAAUAUGCAUGGGAAGCUCUUGAGCCACUUAUGUGUUCUUAUCCGGCCAUGAAAGAAAUAGCCCCGCAAAUGUUACGGGAGCUCUAUGCUGGUAUCCGACAAUUUGAAGAAAUCAAAUUGAGCAUUUUGCCGUCGAAUCAUUUCAUCAAACUAUAUUUGGACACGGAGAAUAACGCCUGGCUUCCAAUAGUUACAUAUACUGCAUUACUACAAGAGGUUGCUGUGACUAUCGUUGAAGAGAAGAUUAUGAUCUAUCAUAUGAGUGAGGUGUCGGAAUUAAAUGUGCUAUCGCCGGAACUGAAGGAAACUUUGGUAAAUUCUUUUAAAAAUCAGCAGAACGAAUUGCGGGAGAACUCUAUAGCGUUACAUGAAACUGAAGCUAAAAUGCUGUAA